UUCUCAGAGCCAGGCAGAGGAACCAGAGGGGAAAUCCACCCUCCACAGCACAGACGGGCCAUCCAUCUCACUUAACUGCUUGUCAGGCUCAACACCAACACAGAGAGGUUCCCCAAAACCAUCAGAGAAUGUCGAAUGAUGAUAAAAAUAAAGCCACUGCCACCACGAACGACACCGCCAAGUCUGAGCCCCGGCAAUGUGACCCCCGAUGUGAGCAGAAGUGUGAGACCAAAUGCCAGCCCAGCUGCUUGAAGAGGCUGCUGCAGCGCUGCGCUGAGAAGUGCCCCCGCGAGAAGUGCCCAGCCCCACCCAAGUGCCCUCCGUGCCCCCCGCCCUGCCCCCCACCCUGUCCUCCACCCUGCCCUGUGCAGUGCCCACCGCCUUGCCCACCCUGCCCACCCUGCCCCUGCCCCUGCCCAGCCAAGAACUGUGUCAAGCCCUGCCCCCCUAAGUGCCCUUCGCAGUGCCCACCGCCGGAGUGAGCCACAUGGGGUCCUGGGCCCACCACCACCACUGACUCCACCAAGGUCACCAACCACCGUGGGCUGGGAGAUGAAGCCAUGAACUGACAAGUAAACGUGUUCCUCUGCUGUGCAACAA